UUCAUGAUGGUCCUUAGGAGGCUCUAGGAGACUUGGAACGGUCAUCAAGGGCCCCUGAGUCGGCGUCUGAGGCAGCUGGUAGCAGAUAAAAAGAUUAAAGAGAGAGGAAGGCGUGCAAUAUUGAAGGCUACCAUAGCCCACUGGUAAUGAGGACCCUAGUUGCUAGGAUGACAGGGUGAAGAAAUAUGAUACUUGUCUUCAAGCCUUUUAAAAAAGUAUGUAGGUGUGGAUAUCAUUCAGACGAGAAGGUUGGCAAGUGGAGCCACUGAUCCUAUGAGGAAACAGAGAAUCCCUGGGAUGAACAAGAUAGACACACAGAAUGGAAGAAUAGACACACAGAAUUGCACAUGGAAGCAAUUUAAAUGAUAACACACUAUAAAACUGAAAAUUGUUGAGGCUGUUCUGUACAUGAGAUGUGUGAGAAUACAAGGAAAACAGAGAACAAAGAGGAGGUCACAGAUAGAAUCUUGAAGAAUGAGAAGCCCCAGCAUACGAUGUGACAAUUCGGUAGCAGCCAUGGACCAGGACAGGAGGAAACGCACAAACGAGGACAGACAUCGAAAACAACAACUUGAAGACAUUAUGGAGGAACUUGGCAGAGGAGAAUCCAAACUGAUACGUACUUGGAUUGAAUCAGUAAUAUGAUCUCCACAAGACAUGAAGGCACAGGCAGUGCUGUCUUUCUUCUUCACUCUUAUACCAUCUCUAUGUGGAUCUCAAGCUUCCUUCAGUCAUGUUAGUAUGAAUGAGCAAAUCGUCACUGGAAGACUAGGUGAAGAUGUAAUUCUCCCUUGCUCAUUUGAGAGUGGACCCAAUGUUGUAAUUCACUGGAAGAAUCAAGAUACCAAUGUUUACUCAUACUACAAAGACAGCGACCAGUUGGAAAACCAAGAUCCCAGAUAUGUAAACAGGAUAUCCCUCUUCCGUGGUGAGAUUCACAAUGGGAAUGCCUCCCUGUCUUUCAGAAGAUUAACCCUUCAGGAUGAAGGAAUUUACGUAUGCUAUGUGGGAACAUCACUUGGAAAAAUCACAAAGAAAGUAGUACUAAAAGUGGGAGCUUUUGUCACACCUGUGAUGAAGUAUGAAAAGAACACCACCAACAGCUUCUUAAUAUGCAGUGUGUUAAGUGUUUUUCCUUAUCCAAUUAUCACAUGGAAAGUGGAUAAUAAUACAUUUAUCUCUGAAAACAAUGGGAAAGAAGUUGGAUCUUUGGGUACUUUUCAUAUAAACAGCAGAGUAAAUAUCACAGGAUCAAAUUCAUCUUAUCAAUGUGCAAUUGAAAAUCCGCUGCUGAAGCAAACAUGGACAGGGAGAUGGACAAUGAAAGAUGUCCUUCAUAAAAUGCAAAGUGAAAACGUUUUACUCUUGUGUAAACCUGAAAACAGUCUUUUCCCAGCAAAUCAAGACUUCACAGUCACUUGGUCCAGAGUGGAAAGUGGGAGUUCCUUGCUCCUGGCUUACUUUAAGAACUCCUCACAAGAAACACUAAUCAAUCAGCCUCGACUUUCAUGGAAAGAAGAGCUGAUAAACUCACGUGACUUCUCUUUAACUGUGAAGGAUCUUCGUCUUUCAGACAGUGGGGAGUAUUUGUGCAAUAUUUCAUCAAACAAAAGUACCUUACUCACCACCCAAACACUGCAUGUAGAAGCAAGCCCAAGAGCGCCUGCUGGGAUAAUUGUUCUAGUUUUGGUGGCCAUCAUAUCGGCAGUUUUGUUGUUGUCGGUGGCCCCUCGAGCUGUUAGAUCACAAAGAUGCAUCGAUUUCCACAAAGAAAGGCAUCCACCUACUAAUCAGAACUCUAGCAGUGCUGGUACUGCAGAAGAAAAUGUGGCUCUUUCAGACUGUCUACCCAAUACAGAAAAUGAAGACAGAAGUUUAUAACACAACACAAACAUCCGUAAUAUCCUAUGACCUCACCUCCCCUUUCUUCACUGUGAUUCCAGCAAUGGUUUGUCAUGACCUGACAAUUCUACCAUUUCAAAAAGCUGUGAUACUGUAAAGAGAAUAGUCACAUUGUCUCUUCAAAAACUAAGAAUCAUUCUCGGGCCCCCCACCUGCAUCAAGAUUAUAAAUGUCUGGAUACCAAGGAUUCCAAUUCAGCUUGGAUAAAAGAACUCUCUCAUUUAUUUACAUUCCUGCUGCAACCAGCCCAGGAGGCUACAGUGAAGUUUCUGCCAAGAACUCAGAAGAAACAAAUCACUAAGAGAUGAUUCAAAAUCUGAUCAACUCAUGAUGGGUGAGCAGUAGAAGCAAAAAUCAUCUGAGUGAAAAGGUUAAAAACCAGGGCCAAGAAAACAAAGCAAUUGAUGUGCUAAAGUAUUGUACUCUAGUUUUACACAAAUGGUUAAUAUCAGCCUAAUCUACUAGAUUUAGUAUGGUGGAUCUUAGGGACCCCAUAGAGUAAGAAUGUCAGUGUCUCUAAGACAACCCAAGGUGCAAAAGGCCCUAUCAACACAAGAAUUGACAUUCCUGGGGUUGGGUUGUACUAUCCAACACCAGGGUUUCAUAGCUGAAUGACCCCAGUUAUUAAGAUAAUUUACUCUUUGGCUCAGUUGUCCUUUUGUUAAUCAGAUUUCUCAUAAAUUUAAAUUUUCAUAUAUAUUUUUAUGCAAGGAGAGAAUGGAUAACUCAGUUGACUGGAUAAUCUGUUCUCCUUAAUUUUAUUAUCAAUGUGUGAAAAAGGAAGCCUAACUAGGACUUUUAUGACAGUCAGAUUUUUAAGCCUAUAGUUUAUGGGAGAAAACCAACCCCAAUUGUGUAUUAAUGCCACCUAGUCCAGUUUUCUGUAUCAGCUGGACUUAUUUCGCAGUCUGUUUUGCACAGAGUUUUGUUGACCUCAGGUAUUUGCUACAGUGUUGUGACCAGUGUUCAUCACAAAUUGUAGAGUACUAAGGACACACAUGCGAAGAGCUGACUCACUGGCAAAGACCCUGAUGCUGGGAGGGACUGCGGGCAGGAGG